AUCUCGUCGAGCGUAAACGCUUAUUACCUAUCGCGUCUAACGUUCUCUAAUCGAUCUAAUUUAAAUUUUAUUAGAAAAUUAUAUCUAGAAUUGUGUCUCGUAUCCAGUUUCAAUUUUUGUCACCUCUGAUUUCGGGGACAUUUGUAAGAAAUCUGUUUGAAUUAUUCAAAUUUUUGCCUGGCUAAAUUCCUUCUGGACGGUUAAAUUUGCAUGGAACGUCUGGAAAGGACAGAUUGCUGAAGUUUAUUGAACAUGAAAUGAUAGAUCGUUUCGGGUGGUUGGUUUAGGAAAAAUGGAGAAGGAAAGUGUGGCAAGUGGAAAGAUUAUGGGCGAUGAAAAUUCGAUCAAAGUUACAAAAGAUGUAAAGAACAAUGCAGAGGCGGAUACCAUGAAGUGUAAAGAAAACAGAAUGCGUGAUAUAAUCAGCAAUGGAUUACAAGAACAAAUGAAGGAAAUCAUGCAAGAUGUUUUGGAGCUUGUUAAUAACCGAAUGAACAACAUGGUAUCAGAGAUAUUACAAAAAGUUGACAAAAUGGCAUCAAACGAAUUAAAAGAUCUCGUUGAUUCAGAGACUUACUGCAAUAGAACGAAAAAGAUGAGAGAAGACACUCUGCCAUCUAAACAAUUCUUGCAAAGGAAUUCUCUGUUGACCGACCUCUAUGAAAUCAAACAUAUUCGAGCGAUUUAUAAUUUCAGCCUAGCAGCUUUGAUAGUUUUGAUUAUACACACUACCGUGCACGAUAUUCGAAACACCGGCUCACCCAAUUUCGCCAUAGACACGAUAAAAGCUAGCUUCGCCAAAUUGUCAGUGGUAUUUUACAUAUGGUCCCUCAUGAAAAUUUCAACUUUAGGAAUUUACGUAGCUUUCUGUUACUGGGCUACCAAUCGUCUCGAAUAUGUGCCACGAUCAUUUACCAGAAAACUUUGGGAUUAUAUAUGGCUAGGAGUUUUGAUUCUUUACCACAUCGUAUUUUGUGUACUUCCUGCAAAAGCGGUAGUCGACCACGAUUUACCAUUAGCUUCCAGUAUGAUCGUACUUAUGGAACAGGUUCGUAUGAUAAUGAAGACUUACGCAUUCGUAAGAAGCGUAGCACCAAGAUUUUUAUCUUACAAACCUCACUCGGAAAUACCAGCUCCAAAAUCACCUGAUUUUUCAAACUUCCUUUACUUCAUGUUUGCACCGACUUUAAUUUACCAGGACAGCUAUCCCAGGUCAAAGAAAAUUCACUGGAACAUCGUUGUCACGAAUUUCGCUGAAGUAGUGACGAUUGUCUUCUUCGUAGCAUUUAUCCACGAACGUUUAAUCUAUCCCCUUUACCGAGAUUUUGGAAAAGAACCAAUAGAAAUGGGAAUGGUAUAUAUGAAUAUCCUCAACUCAAUACUACCUGGUCUUCUUAUGUUUCUCUGCGCAUUUUAUUGUCUCUUCCAUUGUUGGAUGAACGCUUUCGCUGAACUCUUACGAUUUGCCGACAAAAUGUUCUAUAAGGAUUGGUGGACUUCAAUUUCCUACAGUGCCUACUAUCGCACCUGGAACAUCGUAGUCCACGACUGGUUGUACACCUACAUCUACAAAGACAUGUACGAGAUUCUAACACCAGGAAACCGGAAGUUAUCGAUGUGUGGAGUAUUCGCCAUCUCUGCAAUUUUCCACGAGUACAUCAUUUGCUUUUCAAUUCGAUUCUUUUAUCCUGUAAUGUUGAUUCUCUUCGGUGUUAUCGGUGUCGCCGCGGCGUUUCUAUUGAAAAGAGCGGGAAAUCUGUUCUUCCUCUUCAGUUUGUCUGUUGGCAGCGGAUUGUUAGUCAGCUUGUAUUGCAUGGAGUACUUUGCGAGGGUCAAUUGCCCUCCGUACCGUAAAGAUUUCUGGGAUUACGUGAUUCCAAGAACUUGGACGUGUAUUAUCCAUAGAAAUGAAACAGAGGAUACGACAGUUUGAUCUUGAUUUUUGAAAAUAUUUCCUAUAGGGGAUGGAGAUCGUUUCCUAUGCAUAUCUGAAAGACUGAAAAAUGCGGUUUGUCAUUUAAAGAAUGUCAAUCUCCGUUGACGGAUGACUUGAAUAACGUUGAACUUAUAGAUAUAAUCGGAAGUCCUGUACUGCGCUGAGAAUCAAAGACUGGUUUAACGAAGAUAUACGAAUAAACAAUUAUCUGUUCCAUCA